AUGGGCAUGUCGUCUCCUACCAUCCCAGGUCAGGUCAUAAACAUCACCUCCGAAGCCCAGGGACGUGUGACGAGCAAGCAAGAUUCUCCACUUCGCAAUCCUAGCAACGCAAGCUCGGUCGUUCGAAGACACGAUACUGGACUCAAUCAAAGGGCUGCAAAUGCACAAGCUGGUUAUGGUGGUCCAGGAUUGACAAGAAAGAAGCUGCCAUGGUUGCGAGAUGAGGCACCAAUACAGUCCAUAAGUAUUCCUGGCAGCUUCGACGAGAGUAAGAGCAGUCUGGAGAAGCCAAACACUUCACGCCAACCAGCCCCUGGAAGGCGAGCAACUAUCAAAUCUCUUGGCAAUGACUUGUCUCUACGCCCAGUCGGCUCAGAUCCCACCCUUGGCGACCGACCAAAGAGUAGAGAGCAACGGAGAGUUCUGUCUCUAUCUUCCGAGUACCACGGCCAUGCAAGACGGAUGCAGGCUCGUGAUGCGGAGCAGCGACAUUUCAGCGUGCAAGCUAUGAAGUCGAAACAUCUGGACGAUUACACUACUUCCGAGUACAGUACAACUAUAUCAUCUGAUCAUAAUCAUCCACCAUCGCAGCCCACUACAGAUAUACUACCGCCGUCCUUGCUAAGGACGGGUGCUUCGUCAUACGAGUGCUUAGGUCGUGCCAGCAAUGCGGAUAUAUCAGCACCACGUCUCAUAUCACGCACAAGCAUACCACCUGCUAUACCAUCGGAGUGGUCUAUCGCACCACCGGAAUGGACUCGAGAUCAAAGCCCAGCACAGCCGGCGCCUGUGAUACACACGAUGGACAGGCGAAGAGAGAUUAGACUUGACUAUGGUCCUUUAGAUCCUUCACAAGUCCGAGAGCCUCGUAGAGGUACUAUGCUGUCCAAGCCGAAGCCACCUGCCAAGCGGACUACGGCAUUCACGAAGCCACCACCCGCGAGAAAGCAGACGCUUUAUGAUAUGCCUUCUCACCUCAUGGCUUCGUCAGCGUCUACUUCUCCAGACAACACAGCCGCGCAGACUAGGGACACAGAACCUCCGGCGCGAGGUAUAGAACAACUUAAUGACCUUAUACGUCAUGAUGCCCAGCGCCGCCCUACACAAUUAUCACCAAAAGCGAUUUUGAGGCAGCCGGAACCUGUUGCAUCUCAAUGGCGUGGUCUCCGACGAGUAAGUCGCUCUCUUAGUCGUGCUAUCACUGGCAUGGAGAACAUGAUGGAAGAUGCACUGCAAGUGGCCAGAGAUGCUGCUCACGAUGGCAGAACCGAUGAUGUCGCGCAUGUGCUGGACAGUGCGACCACUGCUCUGAAAAAAGCCAACGCGGCAGUCCCAAGGAGCAGCGCAAGUUUCCGUGUGCCACGAGAUGGGCCGUUACAACUGUCUCCGCACGAGUCUGGACCUUCCUCAUCAUCAUCUGACUCUGAUCUUGGUCCUCAUGACGAUCGCUCCACUAUGCACACCAGAGAGCAUAGCGCCAGCGCUGCAACAACGAUGCUCACAAAAAGCGCCAAGUCAAGUGCUCAGCCCAUUGUCAGCGGCCAAUAUACGAAACGUGGCAAAGCAGUAGCUUCGCAGCGUGCUUCUAUGCAGAGAGCAAGCUUCGAGACCUCAAGUGAUGAUGGCCAUCAUUCUCUCACUCGAACCCCGCCAAGGCUCUAUCAAGCUGCUUCUGCUGAUUCGAUUGUGCGCGACUUUGCCUACAACAAGGCUCUGGCUGCUCAGGCGUCAAAACCAAGAUCUCUUGGCGCACUGCCACGCGUGGGUGGUCGGUCACUGGCUAAGUCAAAGUCAGUCAGCAAUGCUGCCACGGCCUAUGGUCACCAUGGUGCCGCAUCAGACUUCUACCACGAUGAUGGAGAGUCUAUUGCGUGUCAGCCUGGUGUACGGCAGAGCAUCGCGCACGACAAGAGUUUGUCAUUCGACAAAUCGCUACCGCCUCUGCCACCAUCCCGAGUGCCACAGAAUGACAGAGGCUUGUUUGAUUUAGCCAGAAUCGCCCCUAGUCGUGCACCGGCCCCAGUAAAGAAGUCUAGGAAGCUGCCAAAAGGCGAGUUGACCUUGCUCGAGCACGCUCCGAUCGAUGACGAGCUACCAAUUGCACCCCACGAUAACAUUGCUCCGGGUCCGGUGGUACAGCGCAAGAACAAACCAGACUACCAUCCACACGUCUCCGACUUCUUCGACACAGCAUACUACCGCCACCCCGAGACCGAUCAUCGUGACAAGACACGCAAGAUGUCUUCCGUGACAGACACCAGGUCAGUGCCUCACCAACUCCCACCACCUACAUACCCACAAGCAUCACCUGCGAUUCCUCUUCGGCGAAGCGUAGCAGCUGCUGGCGCCGUGAUACGCCCGCCAAGUGUUAGUGGUCCUCCCCAAGCAACUUUGCUUCCUUCGCGCCAGAAUCUCAGUCUAAAGCAUCCUGUUCGCAGAAAACACAUCUCUCUCAAUGAGGGUCAGGGCUUCUCCUUAGGCAGAUACCAUCGACGAGCGCCAAUUGCGAGGGAGUGGACGAAGGAGCGGAAGAGGUUGGCUGCAACUGUUGUCUGUGUGAACACGGCGUUCAUUGGUUUGAUUGCUGGCAUCUAUGCUGGUGAGGUGCCCAGGAUCCAAUACCAGAUCCAAGACAUGAAUCACCGAGUCAUCCUGGGCAAUGUCCUACUAUUCCUCGGCCUCGGCUUGACAACACUGAUCUUCUGGCCUCUACCUCUGCUUCAUGGGCGCAAACCAUACACUCUCCUCGCCUUUGCCCUCAUGCUACCCCUCCAAUUCCCACAGGCUCUGGCCGUCUCCACCUUCCGCGACCCAAACAACCCCCUGUUUCGCUGCGGCCUCCUCAUACCUCGGGCUGCCACAGGUCUCGCAAUGGGCUUCGCGAACAUAAAUCAGCUUCCCACUUUGUUCGACCUCUUCGGCUGCUCCUUGAUGUCAGAGGCGCCACAUCAAGAAGUUGUGGUUUCGGACGAUGUCCGCCGUCAAGGAGGUGGCGUAGGGAUCUGGCUGGGCAUCUGGUCUUUCUGCUUUGUCGGCAGUAUAUCGAUUGGCUUUUGCAUUGGUGCCUGUAUCAUCUCGUCUCUUGAUCCGAGCUGGGGAUUCUACAUUGUGGUUAUACUGCUGGCUUUCUUCCUGCUGGUCAACGUCGUCACGCCGGAGACCAGACGAGCGCCGUAUAGACGCAGUAUCGCGCACUUCUUCGAUGAGUCGGAACCGGAGAAGUUGAAGCGGAGAGUGGCGCGUGGUGAAGUGAAAUUACAUAUCUCGAACGAGGGCCCGAAGUAUUGGUGGCAAGAGGUCUGGGCUGGAAUCAUACUGACCACGAGGAUGGUCAGGCAGCCAGGAUAUUUCGUGCUCAUGCUUUACAUUGGGUGGAUCUAUGCGCAAGUGACGCUGGUCAUACUGCUUCUGGGCGCCCUACUGUCCCGCGACUACAGCUGGCAACCCCAGUACGUUGGCCUCGCUGCCCUCUCCCUGGCCGUUGGUGCCCUGCUUGCAGUUCCAUUGGCCAAAGCUUCACUACUCUCUCGCUCACGCUUUACGCCACAACGGACAGACAGUAUGACCAUGCGAGCACCACGUCUGACCUGGUCUUCGCACCUUAUACGCCGCUGCAUCUUCACGCUACUCCUGCCUUUCGCCGCCCUGGCCUAUACCUUGACUGCGCCAGGACCUUCAGUAAACUGGUCGAGUCCUACAAUAUUCUGCGGACUAGUCGGCUUUCUCUCGAACCUCGCCAUAGCUGAAUGCGUGGGUCUGAUCAUGGAAGUCUUCGAUACCUGCGACCUCCAACCAGGAGUCAACACAAAACACCGCCUUCAGUCCAUGACGGAAAUCACCCGCCGCAGAAGAACGAACUACUCCUCCUUCCCACGUGUCUGCGCUGGCUUCUUCGCCGCCCAAAGUCUCGGCUUCUUCUUCGCUGCCGCAGCAACGGGUGUCUCCGGCAUUAUCACACGUGCCCUUGGCGCACAAGUAGCCGUGGCGUGUGUGGCCGGUAUCCUGCUCAUCAUCACCGUCUUCUUCAUGUGCGUAAUGUUUCGGUGCAGAGAAGUCCAGGUCGUUCCGAACGGAGUCUUCGAUCGAGCGACAAGGAAGGGAUCUGUGGCAUGGGGUCCAGGCGCAGAUGAUCCUGAAUGGAAGCCGGUCAUCAUUGGGAAUCCUUCCGGCAAAAUGCGGAGAGUGAAUCUGUUGGAGCUCGCCAACUUGUCAAGGUGGACCGAGAUCAGGAGGUUGAAUAAGCUGGUCAGGCAUUGA